CGCCCCGCCGCGCUCACAUGAUCCCGCCGCAUCACCUGACCGCGCCGCCCGCCUCCGUCCCCGCCCCCCGGCCCGCUGCCGCGCCGCCGCCCCCGCCCGCGCGCUGCUGCGCCUCGUCGGGGCCGCCCCGCCGCUAAGCUCCGAGCUGUUCUGGUCUUGUCGACUCCGUCUCUGCCAGUUUAGCUCCGACCGGACAUGGAGAUGAGCACAAUGAAGCUCCGGAGGCUCUCAUCAAGAAAGCAGCCAGCGCAAGGAAGGUGGCGAGGGACUGCAGUCUGACGAGCCCAGCUGGUGGGCUGCUGGCGGGGGGACGAUGAAGCUGAAUGAGCGAAGUGUGGCGCACUAUGCCACCUGCGACUCGCCUGCCGACCAUGCUGGCUUCCUCCGCAAGCGCGUGGAGCGGCACCACCACCAUACCCACCACACCACCUCUUACCAGCGCCGCUGGUUCGUCCUCAAGGGAAACCUCCUCUUCUAUUUUGAGGAGCGGGAAAGCCGGGAGCCCAUGGGCCUGGUGGUGCUAGAGGGCUGCACCGUGGAGCUGUGCGAGGCUGCUGAGGAGUUCGCCUUUGCCAUCCGCUUUGAUGAUGCGGGUGCCAAGGCCUAUGUGCUGGUGGCUGAUGGGCAGGCUGCCAUGGAGGCCUGGGUGAAGGCACUUUCACGGGCCAGCUUCGAUUACAUGCGGUUGGUGGUGAGGGAGCUAGAGAAGCAGCUGGAGGAGGCCUGCAAGAGCUUGGCUGCUUGCCGCAAGUCACCCAGGAGGUCAUCCUCAGGCAGGAAGAGGCACCUCUCCAAUCCUGCCUUGCUGCCUGUCCAGGAGAAGCCCGCUGUUCUGGAGAAUGGUUACUGCACAUGGGGUAGCAGCGGUGUUCCCGGGGUGACCUCCAGCCCUGACCGCGAUGGGGGGUAUUCGAAGCCCCCGCCUCUGCCUCCGCGCCGGCGCUCAGCCGCCGGCAGUGCAGCGGGGUCCCCUGCGCCCGGCCUCUCCCUCGCUCUGCAGGAGAGCCCGGUGUCUCCAGAGACGGCCUGCUUUUCAAAGCUGCACAACUGGUAUGGCCAGGAGAUUGCGGUGCUGAGACGGGAAUGGCUGGAGAGGCAGCAGAGGGGAAACCUGUGACAUGGGACGUGGAGACAGAGCUGACUUCUAGCAGAGCUGUUGCUGCAUCUGGCUGCUGUCCCGUGCAGGAAAAGAGAAAUGAGGGACAUUGUUUGCCCUCUUCCCUUUUUGGUGGUUGAGAGUGUGUGUGUGUGGGGGGGGGGGGGGGGGGCUGUGUGUAUGCUUCACAGGGCAUGCAGGAGGGACCUGUGUCUUCACUGGACCUCAUUUUUUGCUUUCUCUGCGUUUCCAUGAGGCUUUAUACAGCUGGAGAGUGUGUAAUCCAGGAGAGCUGCCUUUGAACUCUCCACUGGUGAUUGGAGGUGUGAAAGGGACCCAAAGUGGCACAUACAGAACAGGCCUCAUCCUGUUUCCACUCAAAUGGCUUGUCUUGAUCCUUGCCAUCCUGGGAUGGCGGAUGCUCUGGGUGUUUCAUCAUCAGCCUCUCCUUCACCAAUUGCUUUGGUUUUGUUUUUCAGUGUGAAAGUUUGCGCCAGUCAGCAUUUAUUAGUGUCUGUGGUAUUAUGCUGAAGUUCUGCAAGUUUUUUUUUUCACUGUAGAUAAGACUGAGUUCUUACGAAAUGCCUCCGGUGGGCUGUUGGCCCUAAAUGGUACCUACAGCUUUGUGCCUCUUCUGCCACACGCAAGCCUUACAAGGACAUAUUUGAGAUACCGUGGUUUUGGCUGGCCCAGGAGCCGUGGUUCACCUUGAUAGGUCCCUGCUUGGAUUUGACCUAGUGGCUGGCACAUACUCUGUUUCUUGGGUCUGCCUGUGAUAAUGGGCUCAAGUUUAAGACCGUAGCCUUUCAGCUUUCAAAAUUUGUAUCAGUAAUGCAUUGCAGCGACAGUGUCAAGCCCAGAUGGGUGGGACUCAGUGACAGGAUACUUGGAUGGAUAACUGGGUGCAGGAACCUCUUCUUACACCCUAUUAGCAACUUGCUUAGCAGGGUAGGGAGUGGGGCUGUGUACCAAACUAGAGCGCUGCCAUAUCCACAAACCUCAUUCUUUAUUUACUUUCAUCCGCACUAAUCCUCUUCCCUGCUGAAUACCUCAGGAUGUCUUGGGUGGAUUCCACAAGCUUGCGUAGGCUCCUUUGGGCACACAAACUCAGUAGCAAGGCUCGUGGGGAGGAGAAAGGGAAAUGCUGGGCUUGGUCUGAACCAAAAGUUGGCGUCAGGAGCUCCACAAGUCUGAUUUGGGCUCUGACUAUCUAGCAGUCUCCAGGCCUGUUAAUUUCUCUGGCUUAAGUCUUCCCUGUUAUAAACCAGGAAUGAUAAAGCCUGUCUGCCUUCCCAGGGAAGAAUUUAUUAGCCUCUGUACAGACCACAGUUCCUGGAAAGUGCCAUAUAUGGUACAGUCUGCUCGUUGGAGUCUAUUGUCUCCAGGAUCGCUGAAGACAGUGUCCAGAGCCUUGCAGAGCGUCUUUUGCCAAGCUCUCCAGAGCGCCUGGCGGAGCCAAGGAGUUGGAGGAAAGAAAAGAUAUGACCGGGCCCCGGAGAAGCAGGGAGGAAGAGAAGGGUUGGCCCCAAAGAGAACCGAAGGUGUGAGUUGUAAGUUAUUCCCUGGUCCCUGCGCGUCAGCCAUGUUUGAACUUGCCUUGAACAUAAAAGCCAUAAUGUUUCCUUCUACCAAAGCCAGAACCUGACCCGUUGGGGCUUCCCUCCAAUUUUGUCUCAGCAUCACUUAGCUAAUCUCAGUAGCUUUUCCCAUCUUAGCAGAUGAGAAGCACUAUGGUGAGCUAAGCCUUUUGCCUUUAUACAGAAAUGGAUUUGUGAUUAACUAGUAGGUCAGAGACUGGCUAAAGGACACUCAGGUUUCGGGGCUACAAGUGCAUGGGUGCUGAGUCCAUUAUUCCAGGGGCUUUACAAAAAGCUGUUCAGAACACCCCAGAGAUGGUGUUUAUAACUCAUAUCCUCUUGGUGAGGGCUGCUUUUCAGAGCAGAAGAAUACAUGAAACAGUCUUGUGUAUCUCAUCUUCCCUAACAGUGUUAAACUUGUUUUUAUUGCCCCAUUCUAUUAAGGAAUCUUACUAGAAAAGCAACAGGUCAUUCCAAGUCAUGCCUGGUAGGUACCUGUUCACUUUUCUGGAGUUAAUUGCACUCAUCUUAAUACUUCACAAUAGCCAAUAGACAUUGUCAAAGACAGAAAUCAAAUGACUGCCAUUGACACUUGGUGCCUUUGAAAAUAUCUCUUUGGUAGCUUUGGAUAAAAAGCUUCCUGCCUGAUUAUUACUUUAUGGUAUAUUAGAGGAAAUCAGAUCUUAAAAAAAUAACUUCAGGCAGGGGGGAGUGCAACCUUCAUGUAUGAAUAAUGGAGUCCAGUCAUCUCUAGUUCAUGUCUGUAUUUCUUCAUAGUAGCAAUCUUCAGGGUUUGGAGGAUUUUUGUUUCUAAAGUGAAAACAGUAAGGAAGAAAUAGGAGCAGGUGGGCCAGGAAUAGGCCUUUGUCCAUCGGGGUGUUUGUGACUCCAGAUUCCCCUGUGUGUGUGAGCAUGGUGGGAGCAGGUGUUUGCACUGCCUGUUUCCAGCUGCUUCAGGCUCCUAUGUUCAGUGGCAGCAGCUGCACUGGGUCUGACACAACCCUGGGCCUGUGCCCAGGCUCCUUCGGCAGCCCACUUGGCUGAACUUACGGGCCACCUCCGCCUCGUUAGCUGCCCCUUGGACAGUUUGACCUUGAUGGGAAUCUGCCCCCUUCCCCAUGACAGCUCAGCAGCACCAGGGGAUGGCAGGCAUUGUCUGGUGCCUUGUCAUUCUGACUGAGAGUAUGUUGGGGCCAUGGUCAGAUUUGGUGAGCAUUUUUUUAUUUUUUUAUGUAAUAGGGAGAGAAGGAUGUCUCAAACCUAUAGAAGGCAGUGUGACAGUGAAGAUUUUACUUCCAAAAUAAAUCAAAAUAUAAUGGCAGUUCCUACAUGAGACCCAGGAAUCGGGAGUGACUUAACAGAGAGAAUAAAUUAACAAAGCCAGUUCUGUCAGAACUGAAAUUGAAACACUAUUAUUCAUUUAAUGGCAGGGUUUUUUUUUUUUUAAGAAGCUUAGUUUGUUUCAGUAAGCCAGGAUACUGCUAGUAACACUACUAAAGAGCUUAUAUUUAAUGCUUUCAUCUGUCCCAUUCAAAUCACACAAUUUCCACGCUACCUGGCUUUGCAUUAGUACACGCUCCAGCUAAAUCCUAAAUCCUGCAAAUGAGGAGCUGCCCUCUGCUUUCUGUCUGAUUACAUUUUAAGUAAUUUUGCAUUUUGUUCUGCAGUACUGAGAAGGAAAUGGCCGAAUUUUAAACAAUAUUCCUGCCUUGCCUAACAGUUUAUGCCUGGGCAUUUGCUAGAUCUUGAAAGUGCUCUAUGACUUCCGAUGCACUUGACAGGGCUUCCUUGCCAUCUCUGUCUAGCCCAUUCCAUAGGAGGGACUGCCCUUGUUUGAGUAAAAAGAAUCAUUAUUGGAGCCGUGCCAAAAUUUGUAUGUGCUUGCACGCACAUGUGCAUGUGUUAGGUACCUUGUUGGCUGAACACCACCACUUGCUUCAUUAGGCAGGAAUCAACUAGCUGGUGGUGCUCCACCACCUUCUUUGAGAUAGAAUGUAUCAAAUCAGCUCAUCUGUGAUCAGUUAUGCUGGCUGUGAAACAACCUUUUGAAGCAGCCCCCAGGCAAAAGGUCAGGAUUUCUGUUUCCUGAGAUUGUACAUUCAUCCUGCUAAUAGACUGUGCUCUCUCUGUAUGUGCAGGCCCAGAUCAUUACAGGUAAAGGAGAGAAUUUUCCCUGCCUGCUAGCACAUUAUCCCCUAUACCAAAAUGAGACUGAUUGCCACUGUAUGUUUUUCUCCAGUCAUUCAGGUUUGAACUGCUCCACCUCCUGCCUUCUCUUUCUCUUAUUAUUUUUUAAAAUGGAAAAUCUCUGGCCAGCACAAAACAGGAUCCCUGGCAAAAGGGGAACUGAAUACUUUGAAGUUGAAAGGCUAUUUUUCUCAAAGUACUGACGUCACUUUCUUUUCUAGCAAUUCUCUCUAGAACGAUACGCAAAAACGAUGGGAGAAAAAUGCCUGAACCAGAAUGCUUGAAUUUUAAUAAUCUGAAGACCUAAAGAGGGAGGGAGAUGCCGACAUGUUUUUUGUAAGCUUUGCCAGUAGGACUCUCAAUCCAGCUAAAAAAACGAUGAAAUACUUGUACUGUUCUGAGGAAGGGAUUUCAAAUUCAGGCCCAUAAUGUACUGAUUUAUGCACAUUUAUCUUUUCAUAAAACAACCACUGUGAUGUUUUUCACUUGAUCUGAAUCCAGGUCUUAGCCAUUGGUAAAAUUUUUAGGUUACUCUUACCACUAUCUGCUAGCCAUUUUUUGGACAUUAAUGAUUAAGAUUGGAGAAACACUUUCUAUCACAAUAGUUACUGCAUGAACAGGUAGGGAGAACCAAAGCCCCCAAACUCACUCCUCUCAGCUACCUUUGAGGAGAAACUUAAAAGAAACAAAAACCACUGAAAUGCACUGGGAACUUUGUGGAGUUCAAGUUUCAGUGGCAUCUUUCACCAGCAUCAAAUGUACUUUAAAAUCUGCACAAUUAACAGGUGACACUACAUGCAACUUGCAGAAACACUCCCUUAUUUUGAAGUGCUUAUAUUAAGUAGAUAAUGUGUUAUCUUUUUUUAAAAGGCAACUUUGCAUGUGCCUGUCUUUUACAUGCGGAAAAAGUGUGUAUUAUGCAUUUCAAUACAUUGUUAACAUUUGUAUUUUAUGCUAGUAAGCUGAAUAAACCAUUUUUAUCUGUAA